GCUCAAUGAGCUGCACUGCCUACUGGAUCGCCCAAACCACGCACGCUGAUGUGGUGUGCUGUAAGUUAAGUAGGAAAAGUAACUUAUACCAAACGGUAAUAUUCUGAUCUGACCGCAGAUACGUGCUGUACGAGUUGAGCUGUUUAAGUACAAUACUAUCACCUCGGAGUGCCCCUGCUGUGGUUAAUAAUACCGUGGACUUUGAGCUGAUAUUGAUAGCAAAAUAAUGUGAACGUUACGACGACGACGUAGAUUUGCAUUUGUGCAAACAUUGCUGACCAUUGCGUCGUUGACCAGCAUGUACAGGUUCUAUACCCAUUUGUUUCUUCAGUGCUCAGUCCGAUGCGCCGGAUUAUCGGAGCGCAUUGAUCAACCCCACGACUACGUGGCGAAGUACCGAGUCGCCGAUGACCGCAGUGUCCAUUCCGAGGAAGAGUACGACGCCGCGGACCAGCUCAAACUCUUCGAUGACUAUGCGGAUCUGUGGGCGGAUCGUUCGAGCGCAACUUCCUGUUGGAAAGAUGGCAAGGUGGAGACGUUCAAGAAUUAUGAUGCGUGUUGCGUCGACGACGAAACCAAUCCAGUCCUUGUUAAGGUACAAAAUCAGCUGGCCAGGCGCGCUGAUCUACAACAUGAUGCAAGUGUACCGGAGAGAUCCAACCACGAACCAGUUUCCGGUGUUGACGUACACGCACAGUCCAAAGCAAGACCUUGCUAUCAUGCGCAAGCGAGAAAGUUCAAAAAGUACUGCAGUCAGCUCCGAAUUCACUCAUGACAUGCAAGCUCCAGAGUUUUCGUAUCCCCAGCAUCCGCUUUUACAACAUGUUUCGCGGAAUAAGCCGUGGCAGGAGUACGCGUUCCCCAUGCGGCGUAAACGAGGAAAGUGCGCAGUUCCGAACGCCUGGACGGACUUCGUCGAAGAGCAGCUAUCCAUUGCACAGAUCAUGAAUCGUGUCAUGGAGCAGUAUGGUCCGUCAGAUCCGAGUGUUGUGAAGGCAAUACAAGCGAUAAUGUCGACACCACCCGAAGGCCAAUCGGUGACGGUUUUUGAUGAUGCAGGCUCCGCGAAGCGAACGACUGUGACUCGUGGGAUGCUCGUCCGCCAACUGCUUGAAGGAAAGCGAUUUCGCAUCGAGACCGAUAGUCAGUUCUUUCAAACGUGCUGCAUUUCUGACAUCAUGCACCGUAUUCCGCUGGCGAAGCAUCUCUUCGCGGGUUUGGGGCAAUUCGUUGCCAGUAACAUCACUCAAUUAUGCCCGCACGGGAUCGGAAGCUUUGGCGGCCAGGCAGCAGAUCCGGCAAAGCUGGUGUGUGUCAGUGACUUUCUUCGUGUGACGAGCGCUGGUGUGGCAAGCAGUGCACGAACUGGCGCUGCUGGUGCGAUGAAUAGUCUCCUUGGCCACUUGAAGGCCGCAAUCGAAAGUGUUGGUGUGCGACCGAAAAAAAUGCUUGUCAUCAGUAUUGGUAGCAACGAAGAUUGGACGUUCGAGGAAGCGAUUCAUCUCUGGGUGAGAAAGAACGUGCAGAAUACGACAAGGGCCGCAAUGUACCACACAACACCGCGACCUGAAGCUCACGACGCAGAGCAGCUCAUCAUCCAUACGUUUGACUGCACGACAGAAACAACAAGUAAGCCGGAGAAUUCGACUCGGCCGAGUUUUAUUCGCUUCCAUCCAGUGUGCAUUGUAGGAGAAAAGGAGUUCGAACGCUAUGAAAGUCGUUCGCGCCAACAACUAAACCGAGACGCAGGCGAAGCUUCGGAGAUCAUCCCGCUAUUUGAAAACGAACACGACUCGCAAGACCCCGGUUCCAGCAGUACAGUGCUACACAAGCUUACAACAUGGCGACGGCUAUUGGAGAACCUGUUCGAGGAAGAGGGUUGUGACACGACAUACCAGUGUCGCGUGCCUCUGCUAAAAAUUGACGUCGACGGCUGGGAAUGGGCGGUCGCAAAGGAACUCUUUUCGUUUGGACAACACGGGACCGAGAGUGCAUCUUCGAUUGCAGCAGAGCUACAACCAACUCAAAUCGCUAUGGAGCUGCACCUUUGGGUCCCGGUGCAAGCCGGGGUGCUGACCGAUUUCUUUCCUGCAGAAAGAAACGCGUUUGUCGAUCCGAAGCGUAUUCGCUAUAAAACAAGAAACGGUGAAGAAGGACACGGAGACGACACAGAUGGAGAUGCCGCUCAAGGCAUCCCUGCUACCUCUUCGUUAAUCUACAAGGUACCGGGCAACGAAACAAUUGCACUGACUAGAUUUUUUCGCUACGCACGAGACAGUGGGUAUUUCCUGAUGGGUAAACUGCCAAACCCAUACAAUCCCGGAGCUACAGAAGUUUUACUGAAGCGGCAUACUUCAUCCUCAUCAAGCAAUAACCGACCCCGCGGAUUGACUUCGCACACUACCACUCAGCGAAAGAUAUGAUAUCUUCGGCGCGCUUUUGUUCACCGUCUUCAAGUCCGUAGACGUCACGGCAUUGAGAAUGUG